AUGAAUUACGACGAAUGGAUUAGAUUAGGGGAGAGGCUAGGUCUUAAGGGCGGAGAUCUAGCAGCAUUUGUUAAAGAAAAGGAAGCAGACCUCCUUGCAAGAGAGGAGAGAACACAGCGAAGAGAAGAGGAGAGAAGAAUACUAGAGAUGCAGCACGAGCUUCAGAUAAAAGAAAAGGAGUUAGAAGUUGAACGGAUCAAGAGUACGAGGCCGGCUGCAGAGGGGUCCAGCAGAGUGCUGCGUCCGAAACUACCUCGGUACGAUGAGGUGUGUGACGAUAUGGACGCCUACAUCGAAAGGUUCGAGAGGUAUGCUGUAAGCCAAGGUUGGGAAGAAGAGACAUGGGCGAUGAGUCUAAGUUCGCUUCUGACAGGGAAAGGUCUUGAAGUAUAUACGAGCAUGUCUCCCGAGGAAGCGUGUGAUUAUACAGCGCUGAAAACAGCGGUAUUGAAGAGAUACCAGUUGACUGAGGAAGGAUUUCGAACGAAGCUUAGGAGCAGUAGACCAGAGGCAGGAGAGUCCGUUCACCAAUAUCUUUCUCGAUUGAGGAGAUACUUCUCACGGUGGACUGAAAUGGCACAGGAAGAGCAGUCUUAUCAAUCAUUGUGCGACUUGAUGAUAAGAGAGCAGUUUAUUCAAAGCUGCUCAUCUGACCUAGCCAUGUUUUUGAAAGAGAGGGCACCGAAGACAAUGACAGACAUGAGCCAGUUAGCGGAGCAGUACGUGGAGGCACAUGGUGGUAGAUUGGAGUCCUCGAAACAAUCCUCAAGCAGUGCUCCAAAAGGGGAAGACACCGAGCGCCGGAGUGAUAAGAUGUCUCCACCUAAUGAAAAAAAAAUCCCUGGGAGAGAAGCAAAGACUUGCUUCAUCUGUAAGAAGCCAGGUCAUCUUGCGAGAGAUUGUCGAUUUAAGUUACCAAACAGAGAGAGUCCGUGGCAAAAGAACGAAAAGCGAAUAUCUGCAGCCUGUACACUCGCCGAGCAGAAAGAAGGCCCAGUAAAAGAUAAUACAAGAAAUGGUCAGCUGAGACUAGAAAAUGGAGAAGUCCUUCCCAUAUUUUCAUGCGGCUGUACCAUAGAGACGAUGGAGGGGACAAGAAAUCUCGACUUAAGAAGAGGAUUUGUUGGCGAUAAAGAAGUCAAGGUCCUCAGGGACACGGGUUGCGAGUCGGCUGCAGUGCGGAGAGACUUCGUGCGACCGGAGCAGUACCUAGAAAAGGAGAUAGUUAUGAUUACUAUAGAUGGACAGGCUAAAGUUGUCCCGUUGGCGAAGAUUGACGUGGAUACACCGUACUUCGAGGGUGAGAUUGAAGUCAUGGUUCCAAAGACUCUCAUCUGUGACCUAAUCAUAGGAAACAUCCCAGGCGUUAGGGAUGUAACAGAUCCAGAGUGGACGAGUAUCAGAGAUAAAUCAGAAGCUACUGCUGCAGUGAUGACAAGAGCGCAGACCCAGAAAGCAGAGGGACCGAUGAAAGCACUACAAGUCCCAGAACCAUCCUGUGAUAAAGAGGUCAAUGUGGACAAUCUUAAGAAAGCACAGAAAGAAGAUAAGGCCCUAGAAAAGCUUUGGAGCAUUGCAGUGGCAGAAGAGAGGUUAAAGACGGCGAGCGGAGCUGAAUACAGAUAUGAAGUUCAGAAGGAUGUCUUGUAUCGGAUAUUCAAGAAGACCAAUGGACCGAGCGAUCGGGAGAUAAAGCAAGUGGUUGUGCCAGUUCCAUAUCGACGGAGAGUAAUGGAGCUUGCACACGAGUCCAUUGUAGGAGGACAUCUCUCUUCACAGAAAACGAGUGAUAGGGUCAUGACAAGUUUCUACUGGCCAGGCAUAUGUAGUGAUGUGACAAGAUUUUGCCGUUCUUGUGAUAUAUGUCAAAGGACAAUUCCAAAAGGACGUGUUAGAAGAGUUCCUUUGGGGAAAACGACUAUAAUAGAUGAGCCAUUUCACAGAGUUGCUGUAGAUUUAAUCGGUCCCAUAAUACUAGCGUCAGAAAGUGGCAAUAGAUAUAUACUAACAAUAGUAGACUAUGCCACACGAUAUCCGGAAGCCAUUGCCUUAUCUAGGAUCGACACUGAAAGAGUGGCAGAAGUAAUGCUGGUGGUAUUUUCAAGAGUGGGUUUUCCAAGUGAAGUUCUCAGCGCCCGAGGUAGCCAGUUUACAUCAGACUUGAUGGACAGAGUGAGUCGCUUGAUAUCCAAGAAGCAACUCUUCACGACGCCGUACAAUCCGCAGUGUAAUGGAUUGUGUGAACGGAUAAACGGGGUCCUCAAAGACAUGCAGAGUACCGAUGAAGAGACGCAGAAAGCCAUGACGAAAGAAAAUGCUGAAAUUAAUCUUGCCUGA